ACUGAGUAAAAACCUUACUGCUCUGAUCCCCUUUAAAUCUCCACCCGGUCACAUUAAAACAACGCCUGCUUGUUUUGAUACCACUACCACGGGGAAAGGAUUCUGAUUAUCCGCUCUAUUUGUGCGUCGCAUAAGCUUAUGUUAUCCAGUCACCCCACAACCACCUUCACUUCAGGGAAAAUAAGCCUACCCUGUCCAACCCCUUGUAGAAACACGACACAAAGUGCUGGAGUAACACAUCAGGUCAGGCAGCAUCCCUGGAGAAGAUGUUUCGGGCUAGACCCUUCCUCAGACUGCAACAGGAGACGUUUUGGGUUGGACCAUUCUUUGGGUCAUCUAUCCAUGUUCUCCAGAGAUGCUGCCUGACUCCAGCACUUUGUGUCUGUCCCAUCUCUCCCUCUAGCCAAAGUCCUCCAAUCCAGGCAACAGAUAGUUGUGGGUAUAUGGAUCGAACUGCCAGAGCAGGUGGUUGAAGCUGGAUACUAUAACAACAUUUAAAAGGCAUUUGGACAGGUAUAUGGAUAGGAAAGGUUUAGAGAGAUAUGGGCCAAUCGCUGGCAGGUGGGACAAGCUUGGAUGGGUGCAUCUUGAUCGGCAUGGGCACGUUGGGCCGAAGGGCCUGUUUUUGUGCUGUGUAACUCAAUUACAUCCAGACAAAUCGAGAGGAAACUAGAGCACCUGAGGUCACUAUCGAACCAGGAUCUCUCAAGACAGCUGGCCGCAUACAUUUUUCCCAUUACGUAAAAAGCUUGCAAACUUUAUAAAGUUCAUCACAGAACUAUCUCUUUGUUGCAACACAUAACCAUCUCCUAUUAUACUUUGUAAUUGCUGUGCGCUUUAAAAGUACGCAGGUGAAGAGAAAGGUGUGAUUAAGAACUGAGUGUGGUUGUUCGCUGAGUAGUGAUCUAUGCAACUGUUUGGAUGUAAAUUAUAUAAAUCCCACCUGAAAGAAAGGGGGCAACACUGCAGUGUAUUUCUUAGACUAUUAUUGGUUGCAUUUUAUAAGGCAGGACUCUAAGCAAGGAAAAAAAAAACGCCGCCUGUCCGAGUAGGAUGAGUUGAAACAACAUAAUAUGCAAUCAGUUUAAAAAAAAAAAUCUCCACAGGGUGAUAGAGUUUGUGGGGCGGUCGGAGGGCUUACGCUGCCUGCUCGGGAGUUUCAUCUCGCCAAAGUAACUCGUGUGAACCUUAGUACGUUUGACUAGUUUACUUGUUGGACACUCAUGGAUUUGAACCGAAGUCGUUAGCUUUGUAACCUCGGGAGUUAUUGCAAAAGCAGAUCAUCGCUACAAAAAGCAAGUCAAGGGGUCAGGCAGUCUAGCGCCAUCUGCAUUUACGUAGCGCCGUUCAUGACAUUGGGAAGGAAUAAGACAAUGGAAACAUCUCUCUUGUUGCUUGGAACCAUCCAGGCUUUGUUCCUCACCAGCUCACUGGGACAAGCACAGAAAGUAAUUUGCAAAAACGUCCACGCAGCUGAUAUUGUCUACCUCGUAGAUGGCUCCUCAAGCAUCGGGAGGGUCAAGUUUGAACAAGUCAAGAGCUUUAUCGAAGCAACCAUUCAACCAUUUGCAAAUGUGAUUGGUCAAAGUGCAGUAAGAAUCGGGCUUAUCCAGUACAGUGAUGAUCCCAGGAUUGAGUUCUCAUUUCAAGAUCACAGCACAGGAUUCCAAACACUGAAUGCAGUCCGCAAUCUGAGUUACAAAAGCGGCAACACAAGGACAGGGGCUGGGCUGAAGUAUGUCGCUGACAACUUCUUUGGAUCUCCCAAACUGAGGCGCAAUGUUCCCAAGAUCACUAUCCUGAUAACCGAUGGAAAGUCUCAAGAUAACGUGAACCAACCAGCCUUGAAGUUACGGAACCAAGAUGUGAAGUUGUUUGCAGUCGGGAUCAAGAAUGCAGAUAAACAGGAACUCGAUGAUAUCACCUCAACACCUACCGAGGAUUACUCGUUCUUUGUGAAUGACUUCAAAAUCCUACGGACUCUGACGCCGCUGAUUUCCAAGAGGGUUUGCUCCACCACUGGCGGUACCCUGGAAGAACUGAGGACUAGCCAAGUACCUGGUGGUCCCACAAAUUUAAUCUUCAGCGAAAAGGGCUUUGAGUCGAUGCGGAUUCGCUGGACUGCGGCAGUGGGGCCUGUGACUGGCUACAAAGUUCAGUACACUCCUCUCAAUGCAUUGGGCUUUCCAAUCUCAGCUGAACUCCAAGAGAUUACCGUUGGAGCAGAUGCAACCAGGGCGGUUUUGCGGGAGAUGAAACCUGCAACAGAAUACCUGGUGACAGUGAUUGCUCAGUACGCCAACAGCAUUGGAGAGUCUACCUCGGGUAAUGGGAGGACAAAGCCGCUGCCAGGAUCAUUUAACUUCCGUGUGGUCACAGCUGGGCCCUUCACACUGCGUCUGGCGUGGAAACCACCCACCUUCGCUCUGCAAGGAUACCGACUGACCUUCAAGCAGAGAGGAGAUUCAGAUAGCCGGCUGGCAGAGAAGAUCCUGAAUUCGAACACAGCCUCCUUCACCCUGGAGAACCUGGUGCCAGACACCGAGUACAUCGUCACCCUUCAGCCCAUGCACACAGGCAACACAACGCUGCCGUUUUCAAUCUCUGGAAAGACAUUGGCUCUGAAACCGGUGCAACAACUGACUGUUCAGAGUGUGACUCCACAGAGCGCGGAGGUCAGGUGGAGAGGAGCGAGUGGAGCUACAGGCUACCGACUAAAGUGGGGCCCAUCUGCAGGAAGAGAUGUCCUGAUAGUCACGUUCGAUCGAUCUACGGAAUUUUACCAUAUUCAAGGUCUUCUGCCAAACACUGAUUAUACAGUAACCUUAAUACCAUUGUACGGAAGAACAGAGGGACCGCCUGUCAAUACCAGGAUGAAAACAGAAGUGACAGAAAACCUGAAUUUGAGGACGGUGGCGAUUAAUGCGAAUGCCAUACGUUUGACGUGGAACCUCCAGCGUGAUGCCAGCAACUACAGAAUAGAGUGGAGGAAAGCCACAGAGGAACAAUCACAGUCCAAGAAAAUUGUGCUGACUGCCGCCUCCAACAACUAUGAUAUCAGCAACUUGUUUCCUGGUACCGAGUACGCCAUCACUCUCUACACUCUGUACAACGGCAGAGAGGUGGCAACUCCAGCGACCAUGUCAAAGACAGGGGAUGAAGAAAUAGGUCCGGGCACCGUGAUAGAUUUGCGGAUAAUAGAAACAAAUCACAACCGGAUCCGGAUCGGUUGGACGGCAGUGCGAGGAGCAACGGCAUAUAAAAUAACCUGGAGAAACCCAGAUGGUUAUGAGAUCACCAGAGUUGUGUCGGGUGAAACAACCACAUUUGACAUUGACCGCUUGCAACAGGGAGUGGCGUACGUCAUCAAAGUGUCUGCCCUCUCAGGAGGGGGAGAGGGAAGACCCGGCAGCAUUGUUGCUCGAGCAGAUGCAACUGUUGGACGGGUUACGGAACUCCGCCCCUUGGACACACAGAGUAAUAUAAUUCGGAUUGCGUGGAGGGGAUUGUCCCAGGCAACAGCGUACAAGGUCAUGUGGAAACGUGCAGACGGAACCGAGGAGAGCAGAAUCCUGAGUGCUUCCGUGAACACGUAUGACCUGGUAGGAUUGCAGUCGAACACCGUGUACAUCAUUGGAGUUUCAGCAAUGGUAGGGAGCAGACUGGGAAAUCCUGCCACCUUCACAGUCAGGACCGCAAUUGUCACAGGAGAGGUGACCGACCUUCAGGUGGUUGAAACGCAGAGCACACGGAUUCAUGUCCGCUGGGUCGGAGUUAUCGGAGCCACGGCGUACAGGGUGACGUGGAUGCGAGCGGACGGUGUCAAGGACAGCAGAUUCCUCAGCAGUGCUACUACCUCUUUCGUCAUCGAAGCCUUGGAGCCCAACAAUGUUUACGCAAUUGAGGUUUCGCCAUUAGUGGGAUCCAGAGAGGGGAACCCAGUGACGGUGACUACAACAACCAAUUCCAUCGUGGGAGAUGUGACCAAACUGAGAGUGACCAAGAUUCGAAGCAACAUGCUCCAGGUGUCAUGGACUGCAGUCGGCAGGGCUUCGGCGUACAAAAUCACCUGGAAGAAUGCUGAUGGAAUUGAGGAGAGUGAAAUUAUCAGCGGCGAGUUCAAGACAUUCGAAAUCAAGAAGUUGAAGCCUGGGACCGCUUAUGCUAUUGGAGUCACACCGGUAACGGGAAGCAGAGAAGGAAUCUCUGUCAAUAUAAUGGCUAAGACCACAUUGUCUGAUGAUGACCUGGUGGCUGGAGUCAGUGACAUCAGGGUGCUUGAAGCUCGCAGUAACGUUCUACGUGUGGCGUGGGUCGGUGUCCGUGGAGCCACGUCCUACAGAAUCAGCUGGAAACGCAGUGAAGGAGGACCUGAGACCAGCAAGGUUGUACCUGGAGAUGUAAGCACUAUUGAUAUUGUGGAUCUUGAAGGUGGAAUUAAUUAUCUCGUAAAAGUUGUUGCGUUGAUUGAAAAUCGAGAAGGACACCCAGUAACGAUCACUGCUACUACUCCUGCAGUUGAGCAUCCACUGGGAGGAGUUGGGAAUCUGCGUACCAUCAGCUUAACGACAAAGCGGAUUCAGAUUGCCUGGAACAGUGUGCCAGGGAGCUCGGGAUAUCGAAUCUACUGGAGGCUGGCUGAGGGAGGCCCAGAGAGCAGUAGAGUGGUUUUAGCAAACAUCAACACAUUUGAUAUAUUGAACCUGCAGUCUGGGAGGAGUUACGUCAUUCGAGUCUCCUCAGUUCGAGGUGAUCGUGAAGGAGCUCCCACAACAAUCACUGUCAAAACAGCCCGGGCCGAGGAGGUGCAGGGUUUCCGAGUGACGAGCGUGGACACGGACAAGGUAACCCUGGGCUGGAUUCCCACUCCAGCAGCAACCAGUUACAUCCUCUCAUGGAGACUUGCCACAGCACAAGAAGAGCAACGGUCCAUCACGCUGCCAGCAACAACUGCUUCCUACCAGAUCACCGACCUGCAAAUUGGGCGAGAGUACGUCUUUACCCUGCGGCCCAUGUUUGGCACGGAGUUUGGACCUCAGACCUCCAUCACUGAGCGUCUUGUGUGCAGCACAGCUCGAGCUGACAUUGUGUUCCUCGUCGAUGGCUCCGAGAGCAUCGGGUAUGAGAAUUUCCAAAAGGUUAAGCAGUUCCUGUACAACGUGGUCUCUCAUCUACCCCACCUUGGGCCUGAUGUAACUCAGGUCUCGGUCGUUCAAUAUAGUGAUGACCCAAAGAUUGAAAUCCCACUUGGCAAGGUCACCACCCAACAAGAGCUGCUCCGAACUAUAACAGGACUUCGGUAUCUACUCGGUGGGACUAAAACAGGCAGAGCCAUAGACUUUGUCCUGAAUUACGUGUUUCAGAUCUCUGCUGGGAGACGCCCACAAGUUCCUGCCUUGUUGGUCAUCAUAACAGACGGACGCUCAGAUGACAGAGUCAUGGAGGCCGUAUUGAGAGCGAAGGCCGCAGGCAUCCACCUGUAUGCUGUUGGUGUUGGUGAAGCAGAUAUCAAUGAGCUGCGGAAUAUAGUUCCUGAUGGAAACUCCAAGAACAUCUUCUAUGCUGAAAACUUUGACUUGCUCUCCCGGUUUGAAGGGGUCCUUGCUGAUGUAAUAUGUGUUGCUGCCAGCAAGCCAAAUGGAGGAACAAUAGGCCACUGCCCUACUCAUUGCCAGAAGGGCGAGAGAGGUGAAUCAGGAACAAUUGGAAGAACAGGCAGAAAUGGCAUUGAUGGGCGGAACGGUGAGCCUGGUCAGCCUGGGUUAACGGGACCCCGAGGUCCGAUGGGACCAGUUGGACCACCGGGCACUAGUGACGGAGGCACUCAUGGGUUGAAGGGUGAGAAAGGGGAUCCGGCAUAUCCAGGGAGGGAUGGGGCACCAGGAUCACCCGGCAGGCCAGGAAACCCAGGCUUACCCGGACCAUCGGGAAAUGCAGGUAUCCCAGGACUGAGAGGAAAUCCAGGGGAGCCUGGGAUUACAGGAAGAAUGGGACCGGUUGGUCCAAAAGGUGAAAGGGGUGAGCCUGGCACUGUGAUUGAUGGCAAUGGAAGAUACCCAGGCAGAAAGGGAGAGCCAGGUCGUCCCGGUGUUCCUGGCUCAUUUGGUCCUCCUGGACUGAGAGGUGAAAGUGGGCAGCCUGGUCGUGUAGGACCACAGGGUCCCAUAGGACCUCCGGGCUCUGAGGGGAGGUCCAUCAAGGGGGAGAAGGGAGAUUCCGGAUUUAGGGAAACAUCAGAGGGUGGAGCAGGUCAGAAAGGGGAGCCUGGUGCACCAGGGCAUCCUGGUGAGACAGGGAACACAGGGCCAGGAGGGCCACGAGGGAGUGUGGGACAGAAAGGUGACAAGGGAAACGCGGGUGAGGGUUUCUCGGGAGCACCUGGCCGCCAAGGAGAACCAGGUGAUCGGGUUAGUGAAGUUGCAAAUCUCAACAAACGGCAGGGUUAAUUUUUCUGUUAAAUGAAUGUGGAGAGAACUUCCAUAUAUUCUUUCAACUGGAACAUAGAACAGACCAACACAGGAACAGGCCCCACGUCCCAUGAUAUCUGUGUCGAUCAACUCCCAACCAGGUCUCAGCCAAUGGAUCUGACCAUGAAAAACAAUGGAUGUCAGGGUGUUACCAAGGGGUAGCUUUUUCACACAGAGGGUGGAGGAUAUAGGGAACAAGCAGCGGGAAGAUGUCGUUGAGGCAGGUAAUUAACAAUAAUUGAAUGAUAUUUGGGUCAGUACAUGAACAGGAAUGGUUGAGACGGAAGUGGCCAAACAUGGUAAAAUGGGACUGGCUUAGAUGGUUCAUCGUGAUUGGAAUGGACGAGUUGGGCCCAAAGGCCUGUUUCUGUAUUAUAUACUGUAACUGUGACUCUUAUCACUCUACCGCUAAGUUUGCUUAAGGUCAAUUAGAACAUAUGUCCCUGGCCACCACUUGAGCCCAGUUCAAGAUCAGAGUAAACGCAAAGAAAGUUUGGAAUAAAGGCACCGCAAAAUUGACUUGGCUUCAUCUCAUGUGUAC